AUGGGGUGCCUGCAGAGCGUGGCCUGCAAGGCGCGGGUGCGUCGGGAGCAGAUCGUGGUGUCGGACGUGUCGGCCACCAUCGAGCCGGCGGCCACCGCCAUCGAGGAGAGCUCGCCGGUGGUGCUGCGGUACCGCACGCCCUACUUCCGCGCCUCGGCCCGCGUCCUCAUGCCGCCCAUCGCCCGGCGGCACACCUGGGUGGUGGGCUGGAUCCAGGCCUGCAACCACAUGGAGUUCUACAACACCUACAGCGACCUCGGCGUGUCAAGCUGGGAGCUGCCCGACCUGCGAGAAGGAAGAGUAAAAGCCAUCAGUGAUUCGGAUGGCGUGAGCUACCCCUGGUACGGAAACACCACAGAAACUGUGACCCUGGUUGGGCCCACUAACAAGAUCUCCAGGUUCUCGGUGAGCAUGAAUGACAAUUUCUACCCCAGUGUGACAUGGGCUGUCCCGGUGAGCAACAGUAACGUGCCGCUGCUGACCAGGAUUAAAAGGGACCAGAGCUUUACCACGUGGCUGGUGGCCAUGAACACCACCACCAAGGAAAAGAUCAUCUUGCAGACUAUAAAGUGGAGGAUGCGAGUGGACAUUGAGGUUGAUCCCAUGCAGCUGCUGGGGCAGCGGGCACGGCUGGUGGGAAGGACUCAGCAGGAGCAGCCCCGGAUCCUCAGCAGGAUGGAGCCCAUCCCACCAAACGCACUAGUGAAACCCAACGCCAACGAUGCCCAAGUCCUCAUGUGGAGACCCAAGCGAGGCCAGCCUAUAGUCGUGAUACCUCCCAAGUAG